AUGUGGAGUGAAUUUUACUCUCGUCAUCUAUCAAUUGCUUGUGCAUUUGAUCAAGUUGUUAAUAUUAUGUUUGAUCAACAUCAACAAAAAAAAAAGAAAAGACACGAUCAUCAACUAUCGACAAAAGUUUAUCCAUAUAAUCAAAUUGAAGAUGAAAAUAAAGAAUAUAAAGAAAAUCAACAAUAUCAUAAAUGUUCAAAUUCUUUAUGUCAAAUUAUUGAAAAUAAUGUAAGUGAUCGAUAG